AUGGUGAGUGCGAGAUGGCUGGGCUCAUGGAUCUUCAUCAUGUUCGCGACUGUCCUAUCUGGAAGCGUAAUGGCAGAGGAUCAUAACAAGAUACCAUUGCCAAGCUAUCAUUACGGAGCCAAAGUACCAGUCAGCUGUUUGAAUCGAUCAACCGAAACUGGAGAGCACAUCUCUAACGAAAAGGAUGAACUCGAAUACGUUUCCUUUCCAAUUUGCAAUGAGACCGGUCAACCUCUCGAACUACGCUAUGGCAUAGAAGAGGAACUAAACUGUACAAUUCCUAUGGUCGCAGACUCAUUAUUUCACUUGAUCGAGUUCUACAUCCACAACGACGCUCCACUCUCCUGUCGAAUACCCUCUCGGCCCGCCGUCCAUGCUACGCAGCCCGAAUAUCGGCCAGACUAUGUGCCUCUCAUAUUCGCACUUGCUGGCACCCUGCAACUAUCGCAUCUCCAUAUUUCCACCCAUCUAAACGUUCUCAUCCAUUCGACCCCUAAGCAUCAUCUACAUCAUCAUGAUUCGGGUGUUAUAGACUCGGGUGCGGCGUACAGUACUUCCCCUCUUUCUCAUACCACUGGGCCUGCGGCUCUUACUAGGAAACUUGUAAUUGGAGAUCCACUACCAUUGAUGUUAAGUGUGCGGUGGUUCCCGACGCCGCACCUACCCCGCGAGAAUGGCAAAAUCGAAUGGGCAGGCAUGGGUGGUCAUUUCUACGCAAGUACAUUCUUCUAUUGCCUCACUAGCGCUGUUGCAGGUGCAGUGGUUAGCAGCAUGUGGUUCUUUGGCAUCGUCUUGCCAAAGCGAUUAAAGCGUAAAGGUGGCUUAGGCGGAGCUACCCCUUUAGCCUAUGGAGUUGGUAAGGGAUGGGGAGUCGGAAAAAAGGAUUAA